CAGUUUAGUACGUGAAUUGAGUGCUCGAUUUUAUGCGAGUGAGGAAGUGAAACCGAGGACGAGGAAACCACGGGAAGUGACGAGUUAGAAGGCUAGCCAUAUUGUAAUUGGAUAUAGAUUUUCAAAAUAAAUCAUGAUCUUGUAAGCUAGAGUGUAUUUGGAGAUUUAUGAUCGGAGAAAUCUUAUAAUUUGAUCUUCAGAUUUUGAUGGUAUCAGAUUGUGGUGUGAUAAGUUCCGAGCCUUGUGCAUUUGUGAGACCCGUCUCACGAGUGCACGGCGUCUGUCGCGUCUUGAAAUUGGGUUUUAGGGCAUGACAAAAAUAUCUAAAAUGUUAUCCAUUUCCUUUGUUCAUUGCAUGUAAGUCCUAAAAAGACCUUCUCCUUGACUUUUUGAUUUUCUUUUUGCUCCUAUUAACAACAGACACAUAUAUGGUUAAUCUUAAAAGCAGUUUAAGAAAGAUUGGAAUUGAAA